AUGGCCGCGCAGAGCAUCCGCUUUCUGAGUGUGAAUCAAGUCCAACGUUUACAUGGGCUCUGGAUCAGCCCAACUGCCCAGCCGGUGCAGCUCCCUCUGUUGGAAUCUGCCAUCAACUCUCCGAUGAAUCUCAAGCACUAUGGGAACCAAGGCGAUGUCUUCCAGCUCGCUGCCAACCUUUCUGAGAAAAUCAUGAAGAACCACGCCUAUCAGGAUGGCAACAAGCGGACUGCACUUCUGGCCGCUGAUAUGUUCCUUAAAAUCAACGGGUAUAGACUUCAGAAAGUGCCGUCCGCGGACGAUCCGAUUAAUAAAGACCUGGCUGACGCCCAUGUCGCCGUCGUUACCAAUCAAUGGACUGUCGACCAGCUGGGAAAUUUCUACCGGUCAGUGGCGAAGCCAUUGGAACAGUUCACACCAGAUAUUGAGGAAUUCAGAAAGGCCGCUAUUGAGUAUUAG